AUGGCCGCCCUAAUCCCCCUACGACGAUCUGUCCUCCGCUCUUUCGUCCGCCCGGCCCUCAUAGUCUCAUCCUCCGUCCGCUAUGCCUCCACCAAACACCCUAAAAACUUCACUCCACCAACACAAGAAGACCUCGAAGAACUCCGCGAACGAACCAUUGAAUUCUGCCGCCGCGAAAUCAGCUACGAUGUCGCUCAGGAAACAGACCACAACAACGAAUUCCCCAACCAUAUGUGGAAGAAAUUGGGUGAAGCAGGUCUACUCGGCGUGACAGCAGAUGAAGAAUACGGUGGUCUAUCAAUGGGCUACCAAGCUCACUGCGUCAUCCUCGAAGAACUCAGCCGAGCGAGCGGGAGCAUCGGCCUCUCCUAUGCCGCCCACUCGCAAUUAUGCGUCAACCAGAUCAUGUUGAAUGGGAACCAAGAGCAGAAGGAGAAAUACCUCCCCGGGUUAGUAUCGGGAGACAGUAUCGGGGCCUUAGCCAUGUCCGAGCAUUCUGCCGGCAGCGAUGUGGUAAGUAUGCGCAUGACAGCCAAGGAAGACAAAGAGAAAGGAGGCUAUGUCCUCAACGGCACGAAGAUGUGGAUAACCAACGGUCCGGACGCGGAUGUGGUUGUGGUGUAUGCCAAGACCGACCCUGAGGCCGGGAGUAAAGGCAUGACAGCCUUCCUCGUAGAGACUCAGAGCGAGGGCUUCUCCGUGGCUCGGAAACUGGACAAGCUGGGGAUGAGAGGAAGCAACACGGGCGAAAUCGUCUUCGACAACGUCUUCGUCCCAACCUCCAAUAUCCUCGGCUCCGUCAACAAAGGCGUCAAAGUCUUGAUGGAAGGCCUAGAUCUCGAACGCCUCGUCCUCUCCGCCGGUCCUCUAGGCCUCAUGAAAGCCGCCCUCGACGUCACCUUACCUUACGUCCACGAACGACACCAAUUCGGCACUCCCCUCGCCACAAACCAAUUAAUCCAGGGGAAGCUAGCAGAUAUGUACACCAAAUACCGAGCCAGCUCGGCCUUCACCUACAGCAUAGCCUCCCACAUCGACAACAACCACGAUAGUCCUGAUUUAGUGAUCAAGACGCAGGAUUGUGCGGGCGCGAUUCUGUAUGCGGCGGAACGGGCGACGGAGUGUGGGAUGGAUGCUAUUCAGUGUUUAGGCGGCAUGGGUUAUAUGAAUGAGAUGGCCGCGGGGAGGAUCAUGCGGGAUGCUAAGUUGUAUGAGAUUGGGGCGGGGACGAGCGAGAUUAGAAGGGUGGUCAUUGGGAGGGCUUUUAAUCGGGAGUUCGGGGUGCGGUGA